GUGACAGUGAAGUACAGAGGACAAUGUUGGAGUUACUAAAUCAGUUGGAUGGAUUUGAAGCUACUAAGGAUAUCAAAGUUAUUAUGGCAACUAACAGAAUCGAUAUCCUUGACUCUGCUUUACUCAGGCCCGGACGGAUUGACAGGAAAAUUGAAUUCCCUCCACCAAAUGAAGAGGCUCGGCAAGAUAUCUUGAAAAUCCACUCAAGAAAAAUGAACCUAACAAGAGGAAUUAAUCUAAAGAAAAUAGCCGAGCUUAUGCCUGGUGCAUCAGGGGCUGAAAUCAAGGGUGUAUGUACAGAAGCUGGUAUGUAUGCAUUAAGAGAAAGACGUGUUCAUGUCACACAAGAAGACUUUGAAAUGGCUGUCACAAAGGUUAUGCAAAAAGACUCUGAAAAGAAUAUGUCUGUCAAGAAACUGUGGAAGUAAACCUGUCUCAAUUGUAAAUCCUUCUCAAACCAAUGUUGGACGUUUGUAUGAAAGAAUUUGAUAAGACUUGAGACUGUUUGGAUCAACAUGGUACAUGUAUUUAUAGUGUCAUCAUGAAUGUGCAACAUUGAAUGGUUACGUGAAGAGUUUCUCUGGGAAAUAGAAUCCUCUGGCUAUCACCUCUAACAACACUAGCCUGCGCACUGGUCUGCGCAUCGGCAUUUAGCUACAUGUACACAAACAUAAUUGGACAAUAUGUGACCUGUUGGGUCAUCUUGAUUAAUACACGAACCAGUCAUUUUGAUGUACAGAGCUUAAUUUAUCAGCUAAACAAAUAACUGGAAGUAACUUAUGUGUUUAGAGAGAAUAAAUGUAACCUUUAGUAUUGUAGUAAAGGUUGUGUAUUUUUGACACUACUACAUGUAGUACCUCUGUUACCAAUGAAGCACAAAAACUCAGAUAAGAAUGAUAAGCAAUCUUAUUUUAUUAACAAAAUAGGAGAUGAUACAAUAAAAAUACAAUAGUCUUCUUCAYGGKUCCCUGCGCCAUCUUGGUUGUCACGCUUCGAUGUACCUUUCAAGAUGGUGCACGUAACCAUGCAACCUUCCUAGUAGACCAAGCUUUCUUACUGAGAAAAACAUUGUAUUUAUUGUUGAUGGGGAAAACUCAACUAUUACCCAACAUACUUCCCAAUUAAAAAAUUACAAAUGUUUGUGUUCAAUUAAAAAAAAUAAAUGUUUACUUAAUAUUUCUUUUGCAUUUUUCUUUUGACCAAAGCUCCAGAUACAAUAUUUAUCAUAAAACUUCAUUUUGUGUGCAUGAUUCAGUUAAAGAAUGUACAAUUAGAUAGUUUAUAGCUUGGUUGUACCUCAUUGGAAACAUUUAAGAUAAAUAUUAUGCAGUUUAAAAACACUUUUUUAAGUAAACGUAGAAGAGACAUUCUAGUAGUACUUGCAAGUGUUUUGUAGACUUUUUUUUUUGUUUGAAUAAAAUUAAUCUUAUUCCUGUAUGGUAUAAAACUGGCAAACAUUGAUUAUAUUAAAGAAUUGAUUGUACAUCUGG